AUGUAUUCCUUUGCCAUCAUCGUUCUGGUUUUGCACCUCAGUUAUUGUUUCGCGUACCCAAUCACAAUACAAACAUUCGGAGAUGGAUAUGAUACGGAUCUUUUCGAUGCGGAUGACGCAGAUGCAUGGAACGCGGUUGACAAUGGCAGAAAUGGUACUGUAUUGAUGUGA